GAGGGGUAUAGGUAGAGAGAGAGGGGUAGCGAGGUAGAGGGAGAGGGGUAGAAAUACUGGUAGAGAGAGAGAGCCUAGUGUCCCGGCUCUGCUCCGUGAUGGCGGGCGGGCGGAGGGGUCUGGUCGCCCCGCAGAAUACAUUCCUGGAGAACAUCGUCCGGCGAUCUAACGACAGUAACUUUGUGCUGGGGAACGCUCAGAUCGUGGACUGGCCAAUCGUUUACAGCAACGAUGGCUUCUGCCACAUCUCCGGCUUCCACAGAGCGGAGGUGAUGCAGAAGAGCAGUACCUGCAGUUUCAUGUACGGGGAGCUGACUGACCAGGUCACCACUGAGAAGGUUCGGCAGACGUUUGAAAAUUAUGAGAUUAAUUCGUUUGAGAUUCUGAUGUACAAAAAGAAUCGGAUGCCUGUUUGGUUUUAUGUAAAGAUUGCUCCCAUCAGGAACGAACAGGACAAGGUGGUCUUGUUUCUGUGCACCUUCAGUGACAUCACCGCCUUCAAGCAGCCCAUCGAUGAUGACACAUCAAAAGGCUGGGGUAAAUUUGCACGUCUGACGCGAGCGUUGACGAGCAGCAGAGGGGUGUUGCAGCAGCUCGCCCCGGCCGUCCAGAAAGGAGAGAAUGUCCACAAACACUCCCGCCUGGCUGAGGUUCUUCAGCUGGGGUCCGACAUCCUGCCUCAGUACAAGCAGGAGACCCCUAAGACCCCUCCCCACAUCAUCCUGCACUACUGUCUCUUUAAGACUACCUGGGACUGGGUGAUCCUCAUUCUCACCUUCUACACCGCCAUCAUGGUGCCCUACAACGUGUCCUUCAAGACCAAACAGAACAACGUCACGUGGCUGGUGGUGGACAGCAUUGUGGACGUCAUCUUCCUGGUGGACAUUGUUCUCAACUUCCACACCACCUUCGUAGGUCCGGCAGGGGAGGUGAUCUCCGAUCCGAAGCUCAUCCGAAUGAACUAUGUGAAGACAUGGUUCGUUAUUGACCUGCUCUCCUGUCUUCCUUAUGAUGUCAUCAAUGCCUUUGAAAAUGUUGAUGAGGGGAUCAGCAGUCUCUUUAGCUCUUUGAAAGUUGUGCGUUUGCUGCGACUGGGCCGGGUGGCGAGGAAACUGGACCAUUACAUCGAGUACGGAGCAGCGGUGCUCCUGCUGCUGGUGUGCGUGUUCGGUCUGGCGGCCCACUGGCUGGCGUGCAUCUGGUUCAGCAUUGGAGACUACGAGGUGAUUGACGAAGAGACCAACAGCGUGAGGAUGGACAGCUGGCUGUACCAGUUGGGGGAGGCGGUGGGCACGCCUUACCGUUUCAACAUGACAGGGGCAGGCCGCUGGGACGGGGGUCCGAGCAAGGACUCUGUCUACAUCACCUCGCUGUACUUCACCAUGACUAGCCUCACCAGCAUCGGCUUCGGGAACAUCGCGCCAACAACCGACGGGGAGAAGGUCUUCGCUGUAGCUAUGAUGAUGAUUGGAUCUCUGCUUUAUGCCACCAUCUUUGGUAAUGUGACCACCAUCUUCCAGCAGAUGUACGCGAACACCAACCGCUACCAUGAGACGCUAAAUAGCGUUCGAGACUUCCUCAAACUCUACCAGGUCCCAAAGGGACUCAGUGAGAGGGUCAUGGACUACAUCGUCUCCACCUGGUCCAUGUCCCGAGGCAUCGACACUGACAAGGUCCUCCAGAUCUGUCCUAAGGACAUGCGGGCAGAUAUCUGUGUUCACCUCAACAGGAAGGUGUUCAAAGAGCACCCCGCCUUUCGCCUGGCGAGUGACGGCUGUCUGCGAGCCCUGGCCAUGGAGUUCCAGACCGUGCACAGCGCUCCGGGAGACCUCAUCGUCCACUCCGGGGAGAGUGUGGACAGCCUCUGCUUCGUGGUGGCAGGGUCACUAGAGGUCAUCCAAGACGACGAGGUGGUGGCCAUUUUAGGGAAAGGAGAUGUGUUCGGUGAUGUGUUCUGGAAGGAGCCAACGUUAGCACAGGCCGGUGCUAACGUCCGGGCGCUAACCUACUGUGAUCUCCACAUCAUCAAGCGCAACGCCUUGCAGAAAGUACUGGAGUUUUACACAGCCUUUUCAGGGCACUUCUCCAGGAACCUACUGCUGACCUACAACCUGAGGAAGAGGAUGAUCUUCCGGAAGAUCAGUGAUGUGAAGCGCGAGGAAGAGGAGAUGUUCAGGAGGAAGAACGAAGCGCCGCUCAUCCUCCCUCCAGACCACCCCGUCCGCCGGCUCUUCCAGCGCUUCCGGCAGCAGAGGGAGGAGCGACUGGCGGCAGAGCGGGCGGGGCAGGGGCCCGGGGAGGACGCCCACGGGGCCCCGGAGAAGGCCAGCGUCCGGACGGAGCAGCCAAGGGUGCAGGAGGCCCUUGCCUCCACUUGUAUCGUCAUGGUAACAGAUAGCCCGGGUCCAACUGCUGUGUGUUCCGCAUCAACAGUCUCCAGAGCCAUCCUCCACCAGAACAGCCUGGUGGGCUGCAAAUCUGCCGAGCCCCAUAAAGCCAAAGGCUGGGGUCGUUUUAAAGAGACGGUGGUGAAGGCGGAGUCCUGGAGCAGUGUCUCUAAAGCCGAGUCUUUGGAUACCCUUCCUGAUAGAACUAAAUCCCACAAUGAGAUGUCCCUGAAGAAAACAGACUCCUGCGACAGUGGGAUCACUAAAAGUGACCUGCGACUGGACGACGUUUGUGACGCGGGAACGCCACAGGAACCGAGCCCAGUCAAGCCCGACAUUAAACAGAGCUCCUGUUCAGGCCCUGAACAGGGCAUGCAGGCCUUGUUCCUGGAGUUUAAAGAGGAGCUGAGGGAGGGCAUCGGAGCCCUCGACACUCGCAUGGCCGCUCUAGAGGCCCAGCUGGCCGAGAUGCUGGAUCUCCUCCGAUCCGGGAACGACUCGGGAUCCUCCUCUCAAAGUUCUCACCCACCCUCCCCUGUCUCUGAAAAGAACAACAUCUCAGAGGCUUAGGUUCAGCCUCUGAGAUAGUAACACACAAGGGGAGGUGUUACUAAACUGAGGUUCAGUAGUUUAAAACAAGGAGAAAACUGUUACUAAACUGAGGCUCAGUUCAAUGAGAGCCGUUACUAAACUGAGCUUGUAAGGAGAGCUGUUACUAAACUGAUGUUCAGUCGUUUAACAAAAUGAGAGCUGUAACUAAACUGAGCUUUGGUCGUUGAACACAAGGAGAGCUGUUACUAAACUGAGCUUUGGUAGUUUAAGAAAAGGAGAGAUGUUACUAAACUGAGCUUUGAAACGUUUAACACAAUGAGAGCUGUUACUAAACUGAGCUUUGUUAGUUUAACACAAGGAGAGCUGUUACUAAACUGACGUUCAGUAGUUUAACACAAUGAGAGCGGUUACUAAUCUGACGUUCAGUAGUUUAACAGAAUGAGAGCUGUUACUAAUCUGACGUUCAGUAGUUAAACACAAUGAGAGGUGUUACUAAACUGACGUUAGUAGUUUAACACAAUGAGAGCGGAUACCAAACAGAGCUUUGGUAGUUUAACAAAAGGAGAGAUGUUACUACUCUGCGGUGAGCGUCUUCCGAAUUGAUUAUAUGUGAUGCAAUACUUAACUCAAAGAAACAAGAGCAUGACAUUUUUGAUCUGAUCUUGGCAAUAAUACAAUGUUGGUGACCAUCUCCCUGUGAAUAUUGCUGUUCAUGGGAGGAAUGAAUAUAAUGUCAAUCAUGAAUAUUUUACAAUGCCUUUAAAGUCAUAUAUUUAAUUUAAUUGUGUAUGUAAAUGAGCAUGUAGGUAGUUUAGGCAGUUCUAAACCAUUAUUUAUAGUAAGAGCAAAGAAAAACUUCAUUCUUGUUAAAUGUAUAUUGUGAAAUAAUGACUAUGUACAACCACACUAGGAUAAACCCCAUUCGUUGUUUUACACAAACAGUGUCAGGGCUUAACGAAAUGGGUUUCCAUGGGCAGCUACAAUGGCCAUUACUACUGGGCUACAGUUAGCAUUAGGCGUAGCACUUUAGAAUAUCUGGUCAAUUGUGAAUUCAUUGCUUGAAUAUAUAUGAACAAUGCUUGAUAAAUGAGAAAUUUCACUUUACUACUGAUUUAAAUGCUUUUUUUACCGUGUUUAAAAGUUGCAGUUAUUCUAAAGUGCUACCACAUUAGGUUACCAUGGUGAAUGCAGCAGUAACUUCCCAUGGUUAAGGAACUAGAUGUUAAGUAAGCACAUGUGGCUGUGAUAUCGACAAACUUUCUGGACAUUUAAUGAACUACGUCAAUAAACAUGUCGUUUAUAACUAA